UGUUGCGUAUGUGCUCUACCAUUCGUCGGGGGUAUACCUACAUUUAGGUUGUACCCAAGAGUACGCCCAACGUGUUUGUCGGUGGUAAAGAUUCUUGCAGUGUACCCCUUGCUGAUUCUGGGCAUUUGUGGUGUUACACGGUCUAUCAAACAUAGCUAUAUAGCUAUAUAUUCUUUGCAUUUUAGACUGUAGAGAAUGGACAGCAUUAAGGACGGAUGGUUCACAGAAACGUGUACACUAUGGCCAGGACAAGCAAUGAGUCUUCAAGUCGAAGAGGUUCUGUAUCAUAAAAAAUCUAAAUUUCAGGAUGUCAUGGUGUUUAAAAGCAAAACGUAUGGGAAUGUCUUGAUUUUGGAUGGGGUUAUCCAGUGCACAGAGAGAGAUGAGUUUUCAUACCAAGAGAUGAUUGCCAACCUACCCUUGUGCUGUCACCCUUGCCCCAAGAAGGUCCUGAUUAUUGGUGGAGGGGAUGGUGGUGUUUUGAGGGAGGCCGUUAAGCACCCUCUGGUGGAGUCUGUGGUCCAGUGUGAGAUUGAUGAGGAUGUAAUCACUGUGUCCAAGAAGUACCUCCCUGGAAUGGCAAAGGGCUUCUUCAGUCCCAAACUCACCCUGCAUGUGGGGGAUGGCUUUGAGUUUAUGAAACAGAACCAAGACGCCUUUGAUGUCAUCAUUACUGAUUCAUCUGACCCCGUUGGUCCUGCAGAAAGUUUGUUCAAGGAGUCUUACUACCAACUUAUGAAGACAGCUCUACGGGACGGUGGAAUUCUCUGUUGCCAAGGAGAGUGUCAAUGGCUCCAUUUGGAGCUGAUUAAAGAGAUGCAGACCUUUUGCAAGACCCUUUUCCCUGUAGUGGAUUACGCUUACUGCACCAUUCCCACCUACCCAAGUGGCCAAAUUGGCUUCAUGCUGUGCAGUAAAAACGCUGAAACAAAUUUCAGAGAGCCUGUACGAGAAAUGACCAGAGAGGAGGUGGAAAGCCUGAGCUUGAAAUAUUACAACCCUGAAAUCCACAAAGCUGCUUUCAUCCUCCCAGAGUUCGCCCGGAAGGUACUUUAUGAGUCGUAAGUGUGUGCACAUGGACAGCCACUCUCUCCCACUCAGCCCUCUGUGACCACAGAACCAAACCCACACCACCACUGCAGUACCUCCGCUCACCCAGACGCUGUCCGAGCUCGCUACUGACAAGGACCCAAGGCAGGCCCCACGUAACAUACGACAGCUGUGAUAAUGGCCUCCGCGGGGGAACUCUGUGUUUUCAGACAGUUGCAAAUCCUUCCAGUGCUUCCUUCCAGCCUUGCACAUUUCUUCCCAUUUAGGCUAUUUUUGUUCGUGGUUUUUGUUCACAGUCUCCAACACACCCGACUAUUUACAGUCAAAAUUAUGUUUUAAAUUUUUUCUGAAAACAUAAUUUAAUUUCUGCUAGUAUGAAAGUAGUGCAGAGAUAAUUUUUCAUUCUGACAAUAGUAAUAUCCUAACUCGACACAGUAGAAGCAAUCUCAGAUUAAAAUUUGUCUUAAUACUAUUACAUACAUGGCACAUUCCCCAAUGAUGAAGACGGUAAAACUUUACUUUAUAUGCUAUUGAUUUCUCUAUAACCGACAUAAGCCAUUGAGACUUUAUAGCGUCAUUAUGCAGACAUGGAUGGUACAAAGACAGCGAUUCAUGUUAGAAAUAAACAUAAUCUUAUUUUAAUAUUGUUUCGUCAGCCAUAUUAGCUGGGUUUCCAUCCAACAUUUUAAUACAAAUUUUGACCAUUCAAAUAUGAAUUCCUGAGUGGAAUAGAAAUUCUUAUAAAAUCAUCUAAGUCAAAUAAGAAAUCGAUUCACUGAAGGGGGGUGGAUUAACUCUGUUAUCUCAUAGGUUACGCUAUUAAGCGACAGCGGUUGAUGGAAAUGGGUUUAUUCGUAAGGGGUUUGUUCUUUUAGCCGAAUUUUCAUAAAUGUGCUUAACAUGUGCAAAUGAGUUGGAUGGAAACCCAGCUAAUCAAAAGAGGUGGGCAGGUAUGGCAUUGCUGAUUUGCCAAUCAAGUCUUAAAUCUAUAGCCUGUGAUCGACAAAAUAUGCCAUGUAUUUUAUGGAUAGGAGAAUUGUUAGUGUGUAUUUUACAGUGUGGAAUAUGCCAUUGAACAGCCUGACAAAGAGGAAGGAAUUUUGCGGUCAGUGUGAUAGUUGAACCAAAUGGCUACAUUUAUUAUGGGGACAAAAGACUGUCAGGAACAUUACUGUUAUUCUAUGUGCUAUAACUGGAUUUGAAUAAGGUACUAAAUAUGCAGCUUAACCAUGGGAACAAACUGAGUAUGUAACUUGAUGCCUACUGACAUUCUCUGUGUGUGUGUGUGUGUGUGUGUGUGUGUGUGUGUGUGUGUGUGUGUGUGUGUGUGUGUGUGUGUGUGUGUGUGUGUGAGUGAGAGAGAUUUAUCAGUGGUGUUUUAGCUAUGCUUUGAAAUUCAUGGGUCCCCACAAAACUAGUCAAUGCCUAAUUGUGAUGACCAGAGGAUAGGCUGAAUUGUUUAACAGAGGUCACCACUACAGUGCAUUUAAUGAUUCCUCACUGUGAUGUCAUUGAUAUAAGCCUUAGUGAAGGGUCUGAAUGUCAAACAUGAGCAACAAUGCAACUGUGUUUAUCAUGUGAAUUGUUAAAGGAAAACUGAACCUGUGGAGUAUGUUGACACUAUGGGGCUUACUGAAACAUCAAGCAAGUUGUGCAAGGAAACUAUUUAGUCAAUCAGUGCUGUUCAAAUAAAGCAACUGGAAUUCCUACCCUUCCCCCACCCCCUCAGUAUCUGGUGUGUACAUACAUCACUGAUGUGUCUUUACAGGUUGACCUGUAUUUAUCGCUUAAUCGGCCAUGAUUGCUAUUAUCAAGUUUAUAAUGUGGAGUCCUGGGAAGAUUUUCAAAUAAAAAGCAGUAAAAUUGAA